GCUAGUGACUCUUCUGGUUCAGAUAUAGAAGCCAAACUUGCUAACAGUAAUAAGGACUGGUGAGCUUUUCGUAAGAAAGGAGGCAGCAAAAUUUCUUCCAGAGCAGCUCCCCUCCAGGUGUGUUGCCUUAGCUCUUGGCAAGAAUUGGCUGGCUGCUUCCCCAUGAGUCACGUAAUCGCUCCUGUCUCCCAGCACCAUGGAGCUACCACCCUGCUCGUGGCUAUUCUGCAGCAACGGGCACCUUGCUGUCCUUGCAACAGUAACUAUCUGUCAUUAUGAGAAAUUGAUGUGUGGUGCUCUGCUGUGGUACAGGAUCAUGGCAACUGGAGAUGGAAGAGACCUGCUGGACCAUUUCAUCUCCAGCCAGCACAAAAAGAACCUAUGCCUUGUAUUUAACAACAAAGUCCCAUGGAGGGGACAAGGGGGGAUGGACACAAGUUGCUCUUGGGGAGAUUCCGACUGGACACUAGAGGGAAAUGUUUCACAGUGAGGACAGUCACCACUGGAAUAAUCUCCCCAGGGAAGGGGGUGACUCGGCCACGUUGGACACCUUCAAGACUCAGCUGGACAGGGUGCUGGGCUGUCUUGUCUAGGCUGGGCUCCUCCUAGAAAGGUUGGACUAGAUGAUCCCUGAGGUCCCUUCCAGCCUGGGAUUCUGUGAUCUGUGAACUGUUUGUAUUAUACGUGCUUGUGUGUUCACAACUGUGGCAUGUGUUUGCAUAGUGCCGUUUAAUCUAAAAGCCAAAGGAAUGCAUAGGAAUUAAACCAGUAGGAUUCCAAUGAAAUAUCAUCCGUUUCUGUGGAAUCCUAGAAUUCUUUUAAUUGUAUUUAAAAUGUUCCCCUGUAGAUGUAGUGCGAUUAGCUUUUUCAAUUAAUUUUUAGUUCUCCAUAAGUAAGAAUCUAGAUAAUUUUUACUCUAAAAAGCUCCAUAUAUUUCAGUUCUGCAUGUUUAAUAUAGCUAUUACACAGAUAUUGUAAAGUCAGUGCUUUUACUAUUCUUAUUUCUACACUGAAUUAGUAAUAAUAUUGUCAUAUAGAUUUUUUGCUCAGCAGUUUUGCACUUGUCAGGAUAACGUCCAUACGCAAGUUUGAGACAACUGAAAGUUUUGAGUUGUGUGGCAAGACAACUGCCUGCGUUCUUUACAGUGCUCUCGCUCGAGCGCGCUUUUAUGCCUGCGUGAGGAGCGGUAAAGUUGCUUUAAGUGUGUGACUGCUUUGCGGAACGCGGCUGCACAGUUAAGCUGAUCCCAGCCAGAUGCGCUCUCUCUGAGGCAAGCUGUGCUUCUUGUGUUGGGUGCGAAGCGUGUUGUACGCCUGGGGUAGGCGAUAACCAUCCGCUGAUUCAGCUCUUGAUUCAGGGGAUGGGACGGGGUGAGCUUGGAGGAGCAGAUGUCCCCCUUCCAGGUUCCUGUGGAAGGAAUUAAUGGUGAUACUACGAAGCAGGGAGCUUUAGUUUUGAUUCUGUGCUAUACCACAAAUCUCCCGUCCUCUAGUCUUUCUGUGCUGAGUUCUAGCACAGGCUGGAAAUCAAAAUACAGGGCGUGAGGAACACAAUUAUACCCUCCUUUAUCUCUCAUUAUUGAUCUCCUUCCUAGCCCUAAUUCUUUACAGGUUCCCUGUUUCAUCCUAUACAUUAUGACACUUGAACGAACUAAAAUUAGUUAAUAUAAACCAAACGUACAAAUACUGCUUGCCAUGCAUGUGAAUGCGUCUGCCUCUAGGAUGAAGCAUAGGAGAGCCCAGGAGCAACAGGUGAAGGAUGUUUCUCUGCAUCCACUGUGCGUUUCAUUACGGCCCUGAUCGUUUCCAGCCAGAAGCUGGUGUGGUUUCCUUCAUUAUUCUAAAAGCCCAGCUCCAAUUUCAAAUAUAAGAUAAUGCUGAUCUGCCCCCGUUUGCAUACUGUAACUUCACAAUUGUAUCAGAGAGAAUUCUGGAAAUGUCCUUAGAGGCUGCCCGUCUGCCUAAGUUUGGGCAUUUUAACAAGUCCAUUCAUUUCAAGUACAUAGUAUUGCCUUAAGAAAUAUGUAUUCUGCACAUUCCAGCUUUGCCCAGGGUUGAUUCACACUCUCUGCUUCUCAGCUGAUGCUGUGAAUAUUUAUUCAGUUGUGGUUUUCACCUGCUGGAUUUCAAAAAUAGUUUUGUUUUCUCAGAGAAAGCUUAUCUCCAGAACAGCUGAGAGCAAGCUGAGUAUUUAAUGGUUUGUGGACCUAGAUAACGUAUUAUAGAUAUUCUAAGUUUCUAGUCCAUUUUUUGUAACAUUACAUAUAUAUUUUUCAGUGUGCAUACCUAUAUCUUGCUUCUUACCGUAAAAACUUGGCCUUUAAAAGGCCACAUUGAAAUUCCAUUUGUAACCACAAAAUCAUAUUUACUAUACUUCAGGAUAGUCACCGAGAUAUCCUAGUUUAGAAUCCAGGGUAAGGGAUUCUCCCCCCACUUUUUAAUGGUUUUUGUAGUACUAGCGACAAAAGUAAGGAGUCAGGCCCCCAAGUGGUAAUAGGUAUUUCUUAAGUAUGUUUUCCUUUGUGUUCUGUUUUUCUAACUCUGCUGGCACGUUCCUAUCAUGUUUCUGAAAUUAUACAUUCCCAUGAAAUUGCAUAGCUCGCCAUCUGGGGAGAUACCAAACACUGUAGUUUUUAUUGUGUAUGUCAGACACCUCUCUGCUUACAGGCGACUUAGUUGCUUUGGUGGAAGUUAGUCUUGUUUCAAACGCUGAAGUGAUGGUACCAUUUUUAUGGCUGCUCAGGUGGAGGCUUUCUUCUGGUUUUGGCAAAGCCGCGACUGAUGCUGAGAAGGCAGACGUGGUUACUGGAAGAGAUGUGUAGAACAGAGACCCAACCAGCCUGCCUUGUGCGAAGCUUUAAAUGGAGGGAAUAGGCCAGAAAUAAAAGCAGCUCGCAAUGCGGAGACAAGGAGUGGUGCUUGGGAAAGGACCGACUGUAGCAGCUGAUAAAGAUCUCUCUUUUUUUGCCAUGUCAGCUGACAGCCACCAGCUCCACACUCAUUCCUACCAGGAUGCUCUAAGUUCUACUUGUCACAGUCUCUUGAAUGCCAACAGUCACCCCUUGUCAAAGAGCUCGUCAAGUCUGGCCUAUACUGGGCAAUCAACUUUAGAGGAAAGGCAAAGCAACAAACAGGAGCUGAAGAAAAGCCACAGUAGCACCGUCUGCCAUACCCUGGGAAACGAGAGUGACGCCAGGAGCGUGCCGAGUCCUGGAUGGUCUUUCUCGCAGCCUGGGGCGAUGGGACUUGGGGCAGCGGUCCCAAGCGAUCAGGCAGCCGAUGACAAUUCACAGAGCAGAACUAAGACUACAAACCAUCUUCUUAUCGCUGAACAGUCCCCAGCAUCCCGGGAAGCAAGGGGCAAUAAGAUGCGUGUAAAGAGCACCACUGUUGAGAAUGUUUCUUCAGCCUGCGCUGUACACCAGCAAAGCUCGUGUGAAAUGGAAGAACCAGGAACUGCCCUUCAGAGAAGCCACUCAGACCUAACUCGCAGUUGCAAACAGCAGACUUAUGUCACUUGCACAGAAACCAGUGCUACUCACUCCACCCUAACCUCUUCUAGCUGCAGGCAUGGUCUGCCAGUGGCUGCGAUGUCUUUCCCAACACAGACAUACGGAUCAGAAACAAAUGACAAUACAUCUCACUAUCAAAACCUUGUGACUCAUCUUCCAGUUCUACCUAGAGACCAAGAAGUACCCACAAAUAGCUUUGAGAGCAGUGGACUUCCACGUAAUGCUACUGUUUACACAGAUCCUGGAACCUUUCACACUGCUGUUCUAGGACCCCACGUGCCUGGAAAUGGUUUCUCAAACAGGACACUGUUCAGUCAGGCCACGGGGUUUAUUCACGGUGGUCUGACUUACAGUAAUCUUCCAAACUCUGCAUACUCCCCCAUGGUGAUGGCAGUUCAUAACAAUGCUGCAGGGCCCUGUAAUACAAGGCAGGACCCCUGUAUGAAAGCAGAUGCCACGGUCCCUGCCUAUUGCCAUUCUUUGCCCAUACCAUCUAUACAACUUGUUCCGCGGUUGGUAUGCUCUGUUAGCGAGUCGGGAAAAGAGCAGGCAGCACCUGGCUAUUUUCACUCCUUUUCUACUUCAGACAUUCUGACAUAUCCUAAGCUGGUGUCUUCAGUAAGCGAAUCGGGCCUGGAUGCCAAGAGAGUCCUGAAGUGCUGUAGCAACGCUGCAGAACAACAUGCUCAACACUGCGCUCAGCAGCAAACAGCUCCUCCAGAAACAAAGGCUGCCUGUGUUGCCUUUAGUAGCCAGCAAGGUGCAGACACGGUAAUGACAACCAAGGAUAUGUGGACUAUGACCUCUAUGAAUGACUUAACUAAAGGACUGAAACCAGCUCUCGAGCACAGAGAUGCCGAGGUACAAACGCUUUCAACCAUGGAAUGCAAAUCUGUGGCAACAAGCCCAGCAGCUGCAGCAGGUGGCCACUCGCAUGUGUUCCCGGAGGUGAACCUGGAGCAAGACCUGGAGGCCCCCAAAUCUCCAGUACGUGAAGUGAGAUGGGAUGACGAAGGAAUGACAUGGGAAGUGUAUGGGGCAUCUGUGGAUCCAGAAGUCCUUGGGUUAGCCAUUCAAAAACACCUCGAGAUUCAAAUAGAACAAUUCCAGACAGAGCCUGCUCAGCCGGCUGGGAAAAGUAAUGAGGAGCCAUCUUCUGAUAAAAUGGGGAAAAAAAGGCCGUUCAGAACAAUGAUGCAUUCCCUGAGAUACCCGAGCUGUUGUGCUCGUUCCAGUACUGCAGUGGAGUGAGCACAGCUGGGGGACAGCUGUGCUGCUCUUAAAGCAUAAAUAAAUGCUGACUCUUAUGUGUUAACACAGUACAUGUGGACAAUCCACUCCAGGGUAAGUGGGAAAGGUUCUGUGGCCAUCAAAUACUCAUCAAAGCAAGGAAAAACCCUUGUUGGGCCAGAAAACAGAGGACAUGAGGCUGUACCUACAUCAGGCCAUCUGAAUGCUCUUGACUGUAUUUAAUGUAGCACUGUUUUAUUCUUCUAUGUUAGUUUUAAAUCAUUGUAAGGAAUAAGAUUUAUUUUCUAAAUGAUGCCUCUUUUUAAAAUAACAAUGGUUUUUUUUCUGUAUUUUAAUAAUUUAGGGUUAGAAGACAAUUAGAAAAUUAUGCUUUAAUCAAAGUUCUUAGCUUUCAAUCCUACUCCCUUCAAUUGUUUUGGGGAGCUACUUUGCUGUUAAUUUAUAAUAAUGCUGACAAUAAACCCACUUUUACAGUAGACAAAAUGACGAACUAGUGCAAUGCUCUGUGACGAGGAAUUGUAACUUUUGCUACGUAACUCUGUGAAGUAAUUUUGAUACUGCUAGUCUGAACACUUCCCUUUGCAAGCUGAUGUGCAGUUGGAGGAUGCUCCUGCAACUUUCAAAUUAGUUUGUAGUUAUGAUGAAUUACACUCUAAAUAUCCAGAAGUGGUGUUCACCAAGCGAUUGACACAAAUGUACAGUAUUACCAGAGAUGACUCCUGUAAUGUGAAUUACUUAUGGGAGGCUUAUUAGAGAGAUGAAACAAAAGCUGUUCAGAUUAGUCUGUCGCACUAUCAUACCCUACAAAUCGUAAGCAGUUUUGUUUUGCUCAUAUUAAAAGUAAUUUCCAGCGAGUCCUUUUUACGUGCGCCUGUCCUGACCCGUGGUUAUUUUGGUGUUGCAUAGCCCAGAGGUGGCAGUUCGCACGUAACCUUGGCUCGUCUUGUGUUCCCUGCCUGGCCUGCUCAAAGUGAGACUGUGUGCCGCCACCAAAGUACAGCUCUGAGGUGGUUUGUUCUGAGUGCCUUGGCCACAGGGGCAGCUUAAAGAUUUCUAUUCUCCCCAAACCAGCUUUGCAAACAAUUUCCCAGUGAGAAACUUCUUAUGAUGCUGUAAUGCAGCCAUAAUGCAGGGGAAUAUGCAAUAUUUUUGAUGGGGAGAGUGAAGGAACAUUUAUUUCUGUCUCAAGGGAAAACUUGCAGUGUCAGAGAACUUACUGCUGUGGAAUUCCGUUCUCCUUUAAAUGUGUCUGGUUGUGCUUUUGUUGGUUUGGUUUGGUUUUUGUCCCGGCUUCCUAAAACAGUAAGUUAGCAGGCUGUCUACAUGAUGUUCACCUAACAUGUAUAUGAGCAGGACCCCCUGGUGCUCAGGAUGGUUUUAAAAUUUCAGCUAGAAAAUCUUUAAAUAUAGCAGCUGCUGGCUGGCAUGCGCUGUGAUGCAUUCAUUUAACAGCGUAGAGUAGUUCAAGAUCAAACUUUUAUUCCUGGACAAAGUGGAAUUAAACAGACCUGGCUCCUGUGAAACUUGCUUUGAGUUCAGGAGGCUUCAUUCAGGCCCUGGGACUUCGGCCUCAGCAAAGUCUGAACUCAAAAGGACUUUUAUAGAAACGAGGUCUGAAACCACUGGAAUGCGACGCCUUACUCAGGAUGCCUCUAUAGCUGCGAGCAUCCAAGUUUUGAUAAUGUUAAAGUUCCUUUUAUUAAAGCGUUACUAGAAGUAAAGAAGAAACAAGUAACUAAAAAAAGACACUUCCAGUGUUAUUUAGCGUUUAGCUAAACAGUUUCUAUAUGGGCUUAUUUUAUGGUCCAGAGUAUCAAAAGCAGUACCAAACCACUGAUUUGCUCUGUUCUUCAAACAUUACACUCCGAGAAUUUUAAAAACUAUAAUGGUCUCAAACCUUGUGUUGUCCAUUAGCUUGUCCUCGGGCGUACAGGAGAAUUAAAGAUUUGAACAAUUAAACUAAA